AUGAAGCUCUUCUUCUUCAUCAUUACUUUAAUCAUCUAUCAAUACUUUACCAGUCGAAUUACUGUUGAUGCACGUCCAGCCGAAGUGAAAAAGUUUUCUUGGAAUUAUCCGACUCAUGAUUAUCAAGAGGAUGAUUUCAUGUUACCCUUAGUUAAACGAAAAGGCGUUGGUUGGGGUAAACGCGACGCUUUUCUGAUGAGCGAUCAUCCGUAUGCUUCACACGAAAAUUCUGCCCGUAUGUGGUCUGAUGAUAAAUGA